AUGGUGUUGCACGUUGAUUACAUGCAAGGUAAAAACACAAAAAUCAAUAUUGUAUUCCACAAAACAUUCAACAUUAUUUUACAUUUAUUUUAUUUUCGUAGGUUAGACCGCGAGAACGCCCUGAACCACCGCGCAUCACUAAAAGACCAUCGCAACCACCACUCGUUACUCCACCAUCAAGUCAGCCAUCAUUCGCGGCGUAAAGAUCAAACCUACACCAAACGCCACCGCCAAAAGUUACUGCAAGGCAGUUUAGAGAACGUUUCCUCAAAUCCGCUCGGCGACCACAAACCCACCGAAUCCACGCUCAGAAGAAGUCGCAGUUUAGCUAUAUCCAGAGAGGAUAUUUUUACUAAUCUUGACAUCCCGAAUCCGACACGCGCCCGAAGGAGAUCACAGUUGAUCCCAAGAGCGAAAUUGAUUGAUCGUUGCAACAACUCUUCAAGGAGUUCCCUUCAGAGAGGCAUAAGCCACGAGAGCUUGUAUACAGAUCACAGUACUUUGAGUGUAUUGACACGUGGUCCAUUAGAGUACGCUGUUCCACAACAACAACCAGGGUUUAAGUACCGCGAAGACGUGUCAUCUUCACAAUAUUUACCCUCGGUUGGACACCUGAGACAUUCCACAACGGAUAUUGAUAGUCUAGAACACGACGCUGCCAACUACAAGCCGCAACCUCAACAAGUAUCGUCUCACCACAACAACCACCACCAGCAACACCACACGGAAGACAGUGGUUUAAGUCUUCCAAACUAUUACCCCGAUAGUAAAUGUGACACGGACCAUUCGUUCACUGACAACGUAUCAGUUGGUAACUUCACACGAGAUUCUAAAUAUCGUCAGUCUUCUUUAUAUCCGGAAAGCACCAAUAUUUCCUAUGAUGAGAAUAUUGUUUUGAGUAAAACACAACUUUAUGAUAAAGUAGAAGAGCAUUACCAUCAGAGUAAACCACGUACCAUUAGAGGUAACACCCCGUAUUAUAAUCCCGAGCCGGAAACUUAUGUAAAACCACGUAGUCUACCAAAUUUCGCUGGUGCUAGCAACGGUUACGAGUCUGAUUCAACUUUGUCCGAUUACGACCCCAAAUACUACGAACCGGUUGAGCGAACCAGUUCGGAUAGUAACAACGAGGCCAGGCCCAAUCAUCAACAAAGGAACAACCGCAACACAUUGAAGAGGAACCCAUCAUUCAAGAACUGCGUCCUGAAAAGAAGAGUCUGUAAUUACAGCGGUGAACCCCAAGUCUACUCCCACUACCAACAACAACAGCAACAGCAGCAGCAGAAUCAUUAUCAGGAGCGGACCACAUACGAGGAGAGUGAGUCCAAGUCGGAAUUCUCUAAUAUAGAAGCGAAUCCUAUAUAUGAUGAAAUUCCCGCGCUCGCUGCCGACAAAGAUUUGAUCAAGACAAGCAUCCAAGUUCCACCGCAGGAAGAAGCUGAAGAGGAAUAUCGACCAGAUGAUUAUAAAACAGUUGUGAGUGUUCCCGAACAACAGAAGCCGUCCAGUGACGAGGACGACGUCAAGGAAGCAAAGAAACACAGUCAUAAUUAUCUUAAAGAAUUUUUAGAGACGCAGAAAGGUUCCAAGAAGCCUUUGCAAAACUUUUUGAGUAAGCGAAUUUCAAGAGCUUUUAAUUCGACCCAGGAUACUACGGUUGGAGACGUUAUCAAAUCCGGAAAGAAGAAUACCAACUUAAUUGAAAAUCAAUACUUUUCAUUGCCUGAUAUUACCGUGAGCAAGAACUUGCAAAAGUGCGAGAAGAUCGAUCGCAAACUUCGUAAGUGUGAAAAACUUCAGAAAUCCCCUUCAGACGUGUCUACCAAUCGGUUCAUAGUUAAUAUUGGUAAUCAUUUUGACGUUACAGCAAGGAGUUCCAUUCCGGUGGAUUUUGAACUUAAAAUUUCGAAAAUACCCAAAGCUAAAAAGAAUAAAUCUGAUAAGAACUUUAUUGAAGCAGUGAAAACAUUAAAUCAAACACUGAACGGUGUUAAAGGUGAGGUACAGAAAAAUCCUAAAGUUAUUGUAAACGGAGAAGAAAUCAACACUAACGAAUUAUUUCAACGUGAUAAAGAAGUUGAGGUACUCAUUGAAGAUACCAAAAUGUCUAACAUAAACAAUGGAACGUUAAAUAAAGAAUUCCAAUCAAAAAUCAACACCAUGAGGAAUUACUGGGGGAGUAUGGUUGGUAAAGAUCCAAAAGAAAAAGAAUCAAUGAUUCAAGCUGCUCAAAAAAGAAGAAAAGCAAGACCCAUUAAAGACGUGACCAAAGAACGUGGUAAAUGUAAAAUAGUCGGAAUGCAAACAAAAAUCGAAGAAGUCAAAAAGAAGUUUGAAGCAGAUCCCAAUGAAAAGAAGGAAUCUGAUGCGGAAGCUAAAGCCCCAUCAAGGGUUCAGAUGACUAAGCAAUUUUUCGAGAAUAAUGAUGCACAACUCCAAAAAGCCACAAACAAACAAGGACUACUUGAGAAUCCCUACUUUGAUAACCAAUUUGAAAGCUUAAACCCCAACACUCUGGAAUUGAUAGAACAGGAUGAUAAAUAUGAGGAAAUUAUUGUAAGGAAUGAUGAUCCUCUUCCAAUACCAACAGCUGCUAAAGUGGAAAAAGAUAUUAAAACGGUAAAAGAAACAAAUGAUGCAAAUCAGUGUAAAGAAAAAGAAAAAUCAGCUGUAAAGAAAUCAAAAUCCAUUGAACCAGAAUUUGAUCAUAUCCGUUACAGAGUAGUAAAAUCUGAUUUAUUCCAAAAGAAGAUCUUUGCAAAAUGUGACAAGGAAUCACAAUUUGAUGGCCUAAUGCAAUAUUUACAAGAUUAUUCCUUCCAAGAGUUAUUAAUCGAUAACAACAUUGUUAUCAUUGAACCAAUUAGAACCAAUAUUCAAUAUGUGGGAUCUAACAAUGCACAUCACACAAACAAAGUGACCAAAUUCAUCAGAACUCCUGGUAAACCACCAUCAAAUAUAGAAAGUGUAGGUCUUAGAAAACACUUCUUCUAUCACCCAAUCAGAGUAAACCGAGAAGUCAACGAUGAUGCUCCUAACCCUGAUACAGUAAAACAAGUAAGGCAAAUGUUUGAAGGACAAAUGCCUAGAUCCCAAAGCUCAAAACACCUAGACGCUUUGACAAAACAGACUGUACAGUAUAUCAGACCUGUAGAUCCUGAUAAAGAUAGAUGUUCUGCAUCUGACGGUAGUUCCAACAUGUCAGAAUGUGAUGAAAACGAUGAAUACGAUGAAGAAGCAGAUGUAUGUUGUGAAUAUGUAAGCGAAGACAUCUUGGAAAAGAUCAGAGAAUGCGGAACUUCUGUAACUUACUACGGAGGAAGAGUUACAGCUAAACGUAAACCACAAGCCAUGACCAAGGCAAUCAUGGAUGAGAUCCAGAAUCAAAAGAAUCAGAAACCCAAGUGUAACUGUGCAUGCAAAUAUAAAACCCGAGAUGUUUCAACAGUAAACCAAGAAACACCACCAAAUCAAAAUCAAGAACCUAAUUCCUACCAAGGAGUUAAGUUCAAGUUACUUAAGUCUAACAGUUGCAGUUCACGUUUGGAGCUAGUAGGAACCAAGAAUCUAAGUGAAUACAGAAAGAAAUUCAUAAUGAAACAAAAGCAGAUUUUAGACGAACAUAACCUCAAGAAGCAAAACGCAUUGACAAAGAGUAUCAACGAAAAGAAUCACAUCAAUGAGUCUAUCAAAGAAGUGAAUGUCCAGAGUAAUGUCCAAAUGAUCAACGAACUCAACGCUCAUACUCAUCCAGUCGCAAAUGGUAAUAAACUAAAUCACACGAAAGAAAAUGGUCAUAAACCCUUGAUGGCCACUAUGAACGUCAAUAUCAUGAACGGCGCAAACAACGUCAACCACGUGACGCACGUGACCAGCGUGAACCAAUCUCCGAAAAUCAUCGGUGAAGAAAUGAAGGCGAAGAAACUCAUCCAGUGGGGUGAAAUGCGAGAGGAUAACAAAACCUACUCCGGGAUCACGUACACACACAAUAACCAUAAAGCAAAGACGUAUGAUUUUUACGAGAAAGUUAAAAUCAAACCGAAAAAGACCGAGGAGAUGGAGUUUGAACCGUACGAGGUGGCUAAUUGAUGGCUACACGUGGCGACCAUUAAUUAUUAUAAUAUUUCAAUACAACGAAUAACAAGAAGCAGUAAAUAUGAAUUUAGGAGUAAUUUAGAAGAGAGUAGCUAUAAAUAAUGAAAGUAAAUAAGGUGUGCGAAGAAAGGCUAUAAAGAUUUGCAAGCGAUUGUGGCGAAAAUAAUAAUAAAAUACUGAAAUUGCCAAGAGUAACACGAAGGAGUAUAUUCCGGCGAAAAUUUAAUUGCAUUUAGUUAUUAAUCCCUAGUCGUUAAUUAUAUGCUUUUAAUCUAACUAAAGUACGACCAAAAAUUUCUUGAAAAUAUUAAAAUCGAAAAACGCAUUCAUAUUUUAUUUUAAUGAUUUGUAAUUAUUUGUAUUUCUUGUUUUAACCAUAUUAUGCACUAAUAACGAAUUUUAAUAUAUUAUAAUUAUGAUAAAA